GUUUUUAGGUUUAUUUAUUUAUUAGUAAAAAUAUUAAUUUAUACAUUAUGCGGAUAAAAUUAUUAAUAGUUUUGAUUUUUCUCUUUGGGAUUCCUAAAAAUGUGGAUUCGAGAACGGUUGUGAACAAUGUUACGGUUUCGAGUGAUUUUAUUCAAGACUUAUUUAUUAGUGAAAUUCAAACAAAUUCAAAUUUUGAUGAUAUUCUUGGAUCGAUUGGUUCAAAUAUUUUAGAUGCACGAAAGUGUGUUCUUCAAUUAAAGGAUAUAGUUGACCAAUUUCCAAGCCUGAAGGUAGCACGAUUCAUUGAUUCGUGGGGAAAAUUUCCACCUGGAGUACUGUACGGCCAUUUGACUGAUCUUGGCAAUUACGAUCAGUGUGUUAGAACAUCAGUGGUUUUAAAAGAAGGCACUGAAGUAACAAAUGGCCAAUAUUGUUUUGCAUCAUUCCCAAUACUUCCAGCUGUUCCAUAUCCAAAAGAAAGUUUGGAUAUUGCAAGAGAUGUUUUAGUUAAUCCCAGAUUAGACAUCGAUCUAUCCAAAAUUUUGACCAUCAAACUGGGAAUCUGUAUUCCAGAUGUUUGUGAUGCAAAAUUGAUAACUAAAAUUUUUCAAAAGGCAGUUGCUAAUGUUAUGGGAGGCUAUUUAACUGGUGUUCAGAUUUCCAAAUGUUCUGUUGCUAAAAAGCCUGAUUUUGAAGCCUUCGAUAUAUUUGCUAUCGUAUUUUUUUCAUUGAUCGGAGUUUUGAUGUUAGCUAGUACAGCUUAUGACUGGUACACUCAAUAUUUUGAAAAAAAGCAAAUCAGUCUUCUACUGGCAUUCUCCAUAAUAUCCAAUGGACGGAAGUUAUUUGCUAUCAAAACGACAAAGUCUACCAAUUCAAUUGAUUGCUUGACUGGUAUUAGAGUGCUCUCCACAAUAUGGGUCUUGUAUUGUCAUAAUUACAUGUUUUAUACAUCCAUGGAUCUUGUUAAUAUAGUCGACAUACUAAAUUGGGCUAAAAGAUUCUGGACCAUGCCCAUACUGAUGGGAACUGUUUCUGUGGAUACAUUUUUCUUCUUAAGUGGACUACUUGUAGCCUGGCUCUGCUUCCAAGAAUUAGACAAAACAAGAGGAAAACUGAAUUAUUUAUUGAUGUGGUUCCAUCGCUAUAUUCGGCUAACACCACCUCUAGCAGUGGUGAUUCUUUAUUACCUAACGAUAAAUAAAUUCAUCGGAAGUGGGCCAUACAGAGAGGAUUCUAUAAAAAGGCAUUUUCAAUGUAAGGAAACAUGGUGGUCUACAUUAUUGUAUGUUCAAAACUACGUCAGUGCCAAAAACAUGUGUGUACUGCAGUCAUGGUAUCUAGCCAUUGAUACUCAGUUGUACGUGCUAGCUCCACUUAUUCUUUUACCUCUUUGGAAAUGGGGUAAGAAAUGUAUUCCUGUAUUUACACUGCUCAUAUGUGGAGCAAUUGCGUGCGUUUUUUCUGUGAUCUUCAUCGAAGACUAUCAAACUCUUUUUGGAUUUGCUGAACCAGGACGAACUUCGAAGGUUUAUUUUCCAACACAUAUCAGAUUCCCUCCAUGGCUGAUCGGCAUUGUGUUAGGAUAUUUCAUGCACUUAAAUAGAAACAAGAUAAUUCGUAUACCAGUGAAACUUCAACUUCUUGGUUGGGUCAUAAGCUUGGGAACUUUGUUGGCGAUAGUUUUUGGACCUUAUUUUUCCAUGAAAUCAUCGUACACUGUAACUGCGUUCCAUGCAGCGGCUUAUGAAGGCUUCAAACGCGUUUCUUGGAGUAUAGCCUUAGCCUGGAUCGUAUUUGCAUGCCACUUCGGAUACGGUGGAAAGGUGAACUCGAUUCUUUCACAUCCUUGCUGGCAGCCACUUGGACGUUUGACAUAUUGCUUGUAUUUAGUUCACGUUGCUGUGUUAACUUUUAAUUUUGGAAUUUCACGGACAGAUGUGUUCUUCUCAGACUACACCUUAAUGCUGGUGUUUUGGAGUAAUUUUGGAAUCUCAUUGAUGGUAUCUAUUGUCUUAUCAUUAUCUUUCGAAGCUCCAGUAUUAGUAAUUGAAAAGGUAAUAUUUAGGAGUAAAAAUCAAAGCGAUAACCAAACUGUAUUACCAAUUACGACUUCGACUAAGGGAGCUUAGACUGUUUAUUUAUUUAUUAGUUAAUUUAUUUUUGCAUGUAUAAAGUCAUUUUUCACACAUUUAGUAUAUAAGAAAACAUAAAUAUUAUAAAAAGAAUAAAAAAUUUAACAAAAAUAAAAAAGAAUUUUCAGAAAUUUAA